AUGAUUGCUCAGAUAUAUGUGGAUGAUAUAGUGUUUGGUGGAAUGUCAGAUGGAAUGGUAAAACACAUUGUCAGUCAAAUGCAGACUGAGUAUGAAAUGAGUAUGGUUGGAGAUUUGGCAUACUUCCUUGGACUACAAAUUAAGAAAAUGGAAGACUCCUUUUUUUUGUCUCAAAGCAAAUAUGCCAAGAACAUAGUCAAAAAAUUUGGAAUGGAUAGUGUUAGUCACAAAAGAACUCCUGCUCCAACACACCUAAAGUUAUCUAAAGAUGAAGGGGGCACAAGUGUUGACCAGAGUUUGUACAGGAGCAUGAUUGGAAGUUUGCUAUAUCUAACAGCCAGCAGACCAGAUAUUGCAUUUGCAGUCGGAUUAUGUGCUAGAUAUCAAGCAGAACCCAAGGUAAGUCACAUAAACCAAGUCAAGAGAAUCUUCAAAUAUGUAAAUGGAACUUCUGACCAUGGCAUAUUAUACACUCACGGGUGUGACCCUAUCCUAACUGGGUAUUGUGAUGCUGACAUGGAUAGAAGUGCUGAUGAUAGAAAAAACACAUCUGGAGGGUGUUUCUUCUUAGGAAAUAAUCUCAUAUCAUGGUUUAGCGAGAAGCAUAAUUGUGUCUCGUUAUCAACUGCUGAAGCAUAA